AAGGGGCCCCCGUAGGCACGAGCGCAGACGGAGAGGAACAGCUGCAGAGCGGUGCUUCUUUACCCAAUUACAGAGACGAGAGAAAAGAGACCCAAAAAGCACAUUUAAUAUUCCAUUUAUAUCGUAAAAUAAACAAACCGAAACAUUAAACAUGGUUGACCGUGAACAGCUGGUUCAAAAAGCUCGACUAGCUGAACAGGCGGAGAGAUACGACGAUAUGGCAGCAGCCAUGAAAUCGGUAACAGAGCUCAACGAGGCUUUGUCUAAUGAGGAGCGAAACCUCCUUUCAGUGGCGUAUAAGAAUGUGGUUGGUGCCCGCCGCUCCUCCUGGAGAGUGAUCUCUAGCAUUGAGCAGAAGACCUCGGCUGAUGGCAAUGAAAAGAAGAUUGAGAUGGUGCGAGCUUAUCGUGAGAAGAUUGAGAAGGAGCUCGAGGCCGUGUGCCAAGAUGUGCUCGGCUUGCUUGAUAACUAUCUGAUUAAGAACUGCAGCGAGGCACAGCAUGAAAGCAAGGUGUUCUACCUAAAGAUGAAGGGUGACUACUACCGCUACCUGGCAGAGGUGGCUACAGGCGAAAAGCGAUCCACAGUGGUCGAGUCUUCCGAAAAGGCAUACAAUGAGGCGCACGAGAUCAGCAAGGAACACAUGCAGCCCACACACCCCAUCCGCUUAGGCCUGGCACUCAACUACUCUGUUUUCUACUAUGAGAUCCAGAAUGCACCGGAGCAGGCAUGUCACCUGGCCAAGACAGCAUUUGAUGAUGCCAUAGCUGAGCUCGACACCCUCAACGAGGACUCCUACAAAGACUCCACGCUCAUCAUGCAGCUGCUGCGAGACAACUUGACACUGUGGACGAGCGAUCAGCAGGAUGACGAGGGCGGCGAGGGCAACAACUAAGUGGUAGAUCUUUCUCUGUGCAGAAAAAUGAUUUAAGAAAUACGGCUGGUGGACUUUGGCAAGCAGCUUUCGCCAUGGUUUCCUCUGCAGUGGCAGUUCUUUAUUUUUCCAUGAAUUCAAAAGAUAAAAAUAUUGAGGGCAGUUAAAAAGGGGUGGGGGCUGAGGUCUUAGUUUGAGGAUAAACAGUAAUCUAUAAUAGCUGAAUGAGCCUCCUUUGUCUCGGUUCUCUAUGACGUAUGCCAAACCACUGAAAAUGUCAGUCAAUCAGUCAGGAAAGGGUCGUCGUUGGAUUGGAAUUGCAGCCACGCACUGGCAUAUGGACUGAUGUAGUUCUAAAGAGAUAAAGAGAUGCUGCACAUUUAUGUUUCUGGGUAGUAGAAAAGCAUUUGAAAAAAGAGGGUCAGCUUAAAAACUAACAAAAAAAACCAUACAAAAAAACCCUGAAUUUAAUGUCUGCAAAAUAUCCUUAAAGUGGUUCCAGUAUUAGUCGCAAAAAAAUUAACAUAAAAGGCAAAUUUGUGUUUAGCAGCUGCAGUAAUAUAAACAUGGCAUAUUAUAUUUAUUACUCUAAUGUUUUGACUUACAAAAUAAUCAAAUAUACAGCACCAGAACAAGGCCAUCAUAUUCUGACAUUACUGGAACCAUAGGCUAUUUUGGAAAGGUCACACGUGAAUAGAGGCAGAAACUUAAAAAAAAAAAAAAAAAAAAAAAGAAGAAGAAAAUAAGAAAAAUAUUGCAGCUUCAAAGUUUGUGGUUUACUUCUGUGUUAAUUUAUUUUUGCACUAUACUGUUUUGUCAGUGUAAAAUAACGAUGAUAUCAAUAAUUCAAUAUUGUGCAUGCUGGUGAUGUAUUUAUAAAAUAGCUUGACUUUAUUAACUUAUAUCUUGGAUGUUAUGUAUUCCUAUGAUUGAGAAGUAAAACAUGCUUCAUAUUGAUGACUUCUUAUUUAUCUUUUUUUUUGAUUUGCUAAUUUAAAAAUUGUGAUUGUUAUGAAUAAAUUGAUCUGUUAUGGGCGUUGCUGUUGUGACAUGAACUACAUUUUAUUUCUUUAGCUAGAAUGAAAUUCGAAAAACACUACUGAUCACUUAACUGUGCACGUGUUUUUCCUCCGGAAACUAUAUCAUGCCAUUGUUUAACAAUGUUUCCUCUCUCAGCGAUAUAUGAGUGCUUUUUGUCAUGUUAUGCACAAUGCAACAUGUAUGGUUUGAGCUACAGUGGAGUAUCAGAAUCAAUGUUUCUGUGACACAAUCAGAACAUGGACCAUAAAUUGUAUUUGGCAGUAUUCAUUUUAUUUUUUCAUUCAUAUAUAUUUAUUUUUCUUUUCUUUUUUAACUUUUAGCUGUCUCCUGGGUGACACUUAUCUUGAAUGUGAAUAAUUAUGUAGCAGCUGCACAAGAGCCAAAAUUAUGAGACAUGAAAAAACAUAAAUAAAUAAAGUGGUCAUUAGAUGCA